CCAAAGGGGCUGCUGAGGUGCUCACAGUUUAUCAAACCCAUCAGUCCCCAACCCACCAGCCCCCACCCACCUGCUGUGCAUAGCAGAGGGUCCCAGUGCCCUUCAUUGUGUUGGUUCUGCAAGCUGUUCCUCUGAGGGAGGUGGUUCUGCUGAUCACAGAAACACUUCCCGAGGCUCAGGAAGUGUUCAUCUCCCAUCCCUCCAGCCCUUAUAUGUGCACGUGGAAAAAACAGCGAGGCACAGAGGAGCCCCAAAAGCUCACAGAAAUGUGAGAUUUUGUGGUGCAGACCAGCCCCUCCUCAUUCCCUGUGAGCAGGUUUAGUGCUGCUGUGAAAACCCAGCUGCAGGUCUAAUCCCUGGGGAGCUGCCAGCUGCUCAGACACCAGUUUGUCCCCAAAUCCCACACACCCUCCUCGCCCUCUGCCUUCCCCCUUGCCAACAGCAUGUGUGCACCUGGGGAGGGACAUGAUUCCUGGUACCCCUGAUAAGGCUCUUGCAGAUAUUGGGUAAGAAAGAAGUGGGAAUAGCACUUCCUCCUCCUCCCCUCUCAGUUUCUUCAUGGCCAAAAGGUCAGUGAUUUCCUUUCUGUGGUCAGGGAGGUUGUGGCUUCCUGGUAUUCCCAUGGGAGCCAGGGCUUCCAGAGCAAACAUCAGCUGCCCCAGUGCUGGUGAGGACCCAGCUGGUGCUGGUUCUGUCACCACAAGGUCUCCAGCAGCUUCAGCUCUGUGGUGGAGACUGCAAUAUGCCUGUCUGUGGCUUUGCAAAUCUCUUUCCUCCUCUGCAAAACAGCACUGUGCAAAGCACUGAAGUGCGAAGCUGGAGGGUUUAUUACAGCUGCUGGUAGGGAAAGGUUUAAAAUCUAAAAUUCAGCUAAAAUCUGUGCUCUAUGGGUCAUCCCCUGCCCUCCAGCCUGACCCCAGCGCAGCUGUUUACAGACUGUUGGGACAGACAAAUUUCCUGAGGUGCCAGCCAGAUGCCUUAAGACUGAGGGAAGGCCAAACCAAACAAAGUUGAUGUAGCUGGGUGCUUUAAUUUGCAGGAAGAGCUGUGCAGCAGCAGGCUGAAUCUUUCUUGCUGUAUCAAGCAUAAAUUCAUCAGGUAUUCCAUUUCCUGGGGAAAAAAAAAUAAAGCAGAAUAAUUCACUUGGAAAUAAAGAGUGGAGCUAUUUUUCCCUCUGACACGGUGAAUGCAAUUACCUAAGGCAUGGGAGGCUGAGAUAACUCACUGAUUCAGCCCCCACUCUCCAAAGAAACCAUCAUCAUUCUGUCAAAAAAGGCUUUAAACUCCAAUUCACAUCCUGAAUGCUAAAACAUCACCACGUACAGAAGCUGUCCUUAUGAUUUCCAUGCACCAGCUGCUGCAUCACAAGGAAAACACACUCAUAGACAGGCCAGAAUUUAUUAUUAUCAAGGCCAUAUACACAGUGCAAGCUCCCAGUGUUUGCUGAUCCUUUUCCCCAUGCUGUUGGUGUCUCCUUGUCCAUCAGGAGCAGUUCCUAGUGAAGCAAAGCCCACUGGCACCCUGUUAGUAGUGUGUGAGCCAUGCUGGGGCUGGGAAAAUGUGCAUGGGGGCUGAGAGUCUCGAGCUGUGUCUGUUUGGAGAGCUCAGUGCAGGCAAGGCAUAAGCCUGUGAUUGCCCCCAAAUUUAAUUCCAUUUAGGCAGCACUCUCCCACCUCUUCUGCCAUUACAUAACGGGGAGCAGAGUAAUGACUUUCAGCAAUACUGUUUGAGUGGCAGCAGUCCAAUUCUGGACUGUAUUUUUUUUUUUUUUUAAUGGUGGGGGGAGAGCAGGUUGGCCGAGGGGAGAAAGCAUCCGUUUGGCUCGUCUGCAAUCCCUGUUUCACUCUGGGAGCUUUAGAGGACAGACACAUUCUUCCAUCUCUGCUAAUCCUCCUCUGAUACAGAGGAUUUUCCUGCCAUUAAAUGAUAGCUUGUGAGGAAAAAAAAUGCCAACUUUUCAGGGACUGACUCGUAUGGCUAAGGGCAGCCUCAUGAGCAGGAGGGAGGACACAGCCACUGCCUGGCCAGAUGAGAGGAAUCUGCCUUUGGCAUGGCUUGUGGGAAGGACGCAGAUGAGCUCCUGAAAAGCAGUGGCACAAAGCUGCAGGAUUCCCUGAGAAGGUCAGUGGUGGAAGAAAGAUACUCACCAGGAAGGUGCUGGGGACUUCUUCAGUUUGAAAAUCCCUUAAAUUUGCUUGCCAGACCUGAAAUGCCACUAGAGAAUAAUCAAGGUAAUGUUUGCCAUCGUUCUAAAUGGUGAGUAUACUCUUAUUCUGCAUUAUCCAGUAGUGGAUUAGACAGAUCAUUUGGAAAGGUGGUGGUUAAAUAUUCAAUUAUUGCAAUCAUUGUCUCUUUACCCUUAAGAACCUGCAACCUAUAUUUGUUGUUUCUUUUCCUUUGGUCUCUCACUCUUUCUUCCAAAUACGGAGUUACUGUAGUAUUUAAAAGAGAGGAAGAUAUCAUCCAUGGGAGGAGACUUUUUUAUUCUUUAAUGUCACAAAUGUUUUUGACCUUACUGCUCUAUUUCACCCUUUUGCUCAAACACACAUUUCAUUUGAGUGCUCAAAUGUGUCACUGAGGGGCUGAAAGCUUCCAGCUUCUGCCCUUUGUUAGGGAAGGGGAAGGAGUGAGGUGGGAAAGAUGGGAAUGUUUCAGGCUAUGUUGAUCAGAGGAGAUCUCGCCAACGGGGAAGAUCUGAUCUCUUUUGCCCAGAGCAACAGCUCUCCCAAGGGUUUGGUGCAGUUCAUGUGGAGGAUUUUUUCCAACUUCCUUUCCAGGAGAAAGAAGGGAAAUUGCCCCCAAAGGCUGCGUUGCUGGAGGGUUUCUCUGAGCUCCUGCUGCUGGGGGGAUAUUUUCUCAUUGGAUGGUCCUCACACUCUUGCUGUCCAUAUCCCACUCAUUGCAAGGAUGCACUUGUACAUAGAGAUCUUAGAAGUCUGCUGUGGAAUGCCACUGGCAGAAGACCCAGAUUUGGCACUCGUGUAUAAGGAAAUCAGGCUGGAUGUGCCUUGGGGGCAGACAUUUCCUAAUCACUCAGACAUUGAGUGAUUAGAGGAAAAGCUGGGGGGAAGGAGGGGAUCUGGUUAUCAGCAGGCUCAUUCCUACACUGCCCACCAUGGGCAGAGCCGUGGGUGGAGGUCUGACAGAGGUCUGCUCUGAAGGGCAGGGAUGUGACUGAGCUUGGGCAGCUGGAGCUAAACAUGGAGCUUGCUCAGGACAGCCUCACCUGUAGGACAGCCUAUGCACAAAUGCCCCUCUGGAUGUCACCCUGAAUCCACACAAGGCUCCCUACCAGCAGCAACUCUUGCAUCCAUCAUUUCCAGACAGCCACCUGCAGUCAGACAUUUGGGAACAGGCAAAUCCUUAAUCUGUCUGGCCCUCAGUUUAUGUAACUGCCUAGCAAAAACAACAUAUGCCCCUGUUGGCAAGCAGAGGGUGGACUGGUGCAGAGGGGAGCAAACGAGGCAGCCCCUGGGCAGGCUGCACAAAGAAAGAGCAAUCUGAGACCAGCAUAUUGUUCCUCUUCUUGUCCUUAAACUCCAGCUGUUGUCAGGAGGAUUGAAGGGAACUUUCCUUUAGCUGUGGCUGUUAGAUAAGGGCAUGGGAAAAAGGGGAAGAGCAGACAAACAAAAUGACAACCUGUCUAAAAUCCUUUCCACCUCCCAGAGUCCUUCACUAUCAUUUAUCCUUGAAGUGAUGUUGUUUUGCUAAUUCUCCAGUCACAAUAGUGUGCCCAGGCAUGAUGAGACCUGAAUUUUGAUGAAGAGGCCACAGCUCAUCCUUUUGUGAUGCUCUCUGUGUGUUUAAAUACCUUUCCUACAUGCAAUAACCAGAUUGGCUUGAACAGACCCAGGCUCCAGGGCAGCUCCUGGGUUGAUGCCCUUCAGCAGGGACUUGCCCAACAACUGAUUUUGCAAGUCUCUUUUACACAGGCAGUGUAAACUCCUAAAUACAGUCCUAUGCAUGUCGUCUUUAGAAAGGAUGGAGGAAAGGCAGAGAAAUUGUAGCCCAAGCUGUCAUUUGUCCUGUACAUUAAAGCCUUAAGGACUGCAAAAAUAAAACUUGAUGCUUGCUGAAGCUGAUGCUCCUUGGCAUAUCACCCCCCCAGGUCUGUCUUAUUAAAAUGCCCCUGGGAAUACAGCUGUAAUGGGCAAUCCCUGUGCUGCAAACCACAGGGAGAGGCAGCCCAGCUGUUGGGAGCUUCCCCCUCUGGACACUCAGCAGAGGUAUGGAGGAAACCCCCUGAUCCCAGGAGCACAGUAAUAGAGGUGGCUGUUGGUAAAGCUGUUGGAAUCUCAUGUUUUGCCGAAAAAAAAAAAAAAGGAAGAAAAGUGUUAUGUUUGUAUGGGAGCUAAUAAACUGCAGCAGAAAACCAGUCAGCAGCAAUAACACCAUUUCGUGCUUGUGACUACCUGGACAUCACUGGUGUGGCUGCUCAUUUUGUGGAGGAGAAGGUGGGGUGUGUCUGGGAGAGCAACUAGGAAAACUGCCUUCAGUUCUUCCUCUCUAAUGGGUUUAUCUUCAUGGAUUCGGAGAAAGGAAGGGACCCAAAAGAUCAUCUCAUUCCAGGUCUCCUGCUACGAGCAGGGACACCUUCCACCAGACCAGGUUUCUCAGGGCUUCACCCAACCUGGCCUUGAGCACUGCCAGGGUUGGGGUAUCCACAGCUUCUCUAGGUAUCCUGUGCCAGCAUCUCAGUACCCUCACAGUAAAGAAUUUCUUCCAUGUAUCUGACCUAACUUUUCCUCUCUUUCAGAGGGGAAAAUCAUUUUACAUUAAAAAAAAUUAUUUUUCAGAUUUUUUUUGACUGGAUGUUUUUUCCCCACAAAACCCCUGUCUGUGGAGGCUGAUGUCUCCCAGCCCUUUUGCUCCCUUUUGUUCUUCUCUCAUUUCUCCCAAGAGCCUUCCUCUCUUCCUUGUUGUUCACCCACCUGUGUGGGACUAACCUGGGAGGAAACAACAGCCUUGCACCUCCCAUGUCAGCCUGAUAAAGGACAAAGUGGCUGCUCCCAUCAAGCAUAAGGCACUAUGGUGACUCUUGAGAAUUGGCAAAGCAGCAAAAACUGUGCUGGAGAUGCAGAGUUUCUCAUCUAUGAUGAGAUCAUGAAGCCAGCAGUUGAACAAUAUCUCUUAGUUUGUUUUUAGUCAUGCUGUUAUAGCAGUACACAGUGGGAAUGUGUUUUCAAACACUGCAUUGCAUCUCCUUGAGAGCUGAGAGUUCCCCUUCCAGUUCUGCACCAGCUCAUGGCUCUGGUGGAGAAACACUAGGUUGAAAGAAUAAAAGAAAAAAAGAAAGAAGCAAAAAGUAUGAAUUUGACACACUUUGGCAAUUAAUUGGUGUCCCCUGCCCAUUGCCCGACUCAGCAUACGCUGCCCUCCCCUUUUCCACACCCAGGAAUGCUGUAACCCCACCACAGCUGCUGGCCUUCAAUGCAUUUCUGCUGCUUCCUGGCCAAACCAUGUCCCCAUCAGGCAUCAGGGAGAGCCCAAAAGAGACACUUGAGAAAUACUGAAUUCUAGGUGAGCCCCCUCCUGGGGAGAGGAAUUAAUCAGAGAUUACGUUCUAGGUGACAUAUUCUCAGCAGGUUUAGAGAGCCCAGAAGAUUUUUAGGAAUUUUACACAAGAGCCCCUCAGUCAGCACGGGUGUACAGGUGGCAAUUGGCUUGGCUAGAGGGGAGGAAAAGACAGUAUAAUUUUUUUUACUGCUCUGACCGAUUUGCUAAUGAUGCAUUCUUUUCUCUCCUGCCCCGCCUCUGCGGGGAUGGCAGUGAUCCUUUGGGUCCCACAGGUGCACGGGGUGUGGGCCUGCGUGCGCUCCUGCCCUCCCAGCUGCGUGUGCACCCCGGAGAGGAGCUGCUCCGUGCUCUGUGACCGUGCCGGGCUGGGGCAGAUCCCCAGCGAGUUCCCCUGCGAGGCCUCCUCCAUCAACCUGGAUAAAAACAGCAUCAAGUUCCUGUCUGAGAGGGCCUUCGGGACGCUGCCUUCCCUCAAGUCCCUGUCGCUGAACCACAACAACAUCUCCUUCAUCACGCCGGGCGCGUUCAAGGGGCUGCCCAGCCUGACGGAGCUGAGGAUGGCCCACAACGAGUACAUUCGCUAUCUCCACACGCGCACCUUCACCGCGCUCCGGCGCCUCGUGAGGCUGGACCUGGCCGACUGCAACCUCUUCAACAUCCCAGACAGGAUCUUCAUCGAGCUGCCUGCUCUGCAGGAGCUGUUCUGCUUCCAGAACAACUUCCGAAGGAUCCCGGGCGCCAUCAGGGGCAUGGAGAACUUGACCCAUGUGUACCUGGAGAGAAACAGGAUCGAAGCGGUGGCCUAUAACUCCCUGCAGGGCCUGACCAAGCUAAAAUACCUGAAUCUGCAGGACAACAAGAUAAAUGUCAUCCACGAGCGAGCUUUUCAGGGCUGUCAGAGGAUGGAGUACCUGUACCUGAAUGACAACUUGAUCACUGAGCUUCCAGAAAACUCCUUUGACGGCCUGAGGCGCCUGAAGAUGCUCAACCUGGGGGGGAAUUUUCUCAGGAACAUUUCCAACACCUGGUUCCGGGACUUGGGGGAGCUGGAGUUCCUCUACCUGGACCGCAACAGGAUCAGCUACAUCGAGGAAGGGGCUUUUGAGAACCUCACCAGCCUGGUGGCGCUGCACUUGAACAGCAACAACCUGACGACGCUGCCCUUCUCCGUGUUCGAGCCCGUGUACUUCCUGGGGCGGCUGUACCUCUUCCGCAACCCCUGGGAGUGCGACUGCCGCAUCGAGUGGCUCAAGGAGUGGAUGGAGAACUACAGGCUGGUCAGGGACAUUCCGUGUGCCUCCCCCUCCUCAGUGGCUGGGAUCGAUCUGACGGACGUGCUCUUCGAGAGGUCUCCCGAAGGUUACUGCCUGGACCCGGAGGAGCUGAACGUCACAUCCGAGCGGCCGACCCCGAGCGAGGAGCCUUGGUCCACCACGGAGAGCAAGUUCAACAGCCUUAUCUCCAAACUCUUGCUCCAGAUGGGCCUUCCUGAAGAGGUGGCAAAUGCCACCGAAGUGUACAGUAACAGCACGCAGCCGGACGGACAGACUGAAGGGGUUUCUUCUGGCAUGGGGGAAGAGAGAACCCAGGCUGACUCCUCUUCCUUGUACCUCCCAGCACUUUUGACACUGAUUGUUCUGCUGUGCAAAUAGUCCAAGGGCUGGAUGGAGCAGGGGUUCUGCUCAAGUGUUUAGACCCUGCACCUACUCAGUCAUCAGAGAAAAGUUUUAUUGUGGGCCUCUGAUAUGUAAAGGGCUGCAAACUCUUCCAGAUUGGGUUUGUUGGAUCGGGCUCCAGAUUCCCCUGGGAGUUGGUGAGAUCUGGGUGCCACUCUGGGUGACAAACCUGCCCUGUGUGUGUCCCAGAGCCUCCUGGAUGCUCACAGGGAGAUGAGCAGCACUAAGGUUGAAUUUUGCCUAGAGAUAUGUGCUGUUCUGCUGGGAAAGGGGGGAAGAGGGUCUGUGGGGUGUUUGUUCCAUUGGGCCAGCUUGGGAGAGCAAGAUGUUCCAUGGUGACUCAGCCUCAUGAGAGCAAGAUGAGGCUGCAGAACUGGGCACCUCGUCAUGUCCUGACAGACACCCACACCCACGGCAGAUGCUGCUGAACAACGGGAAACUAUUCCUGAUUGCCCCAGUGGGUGCUGGAGGGAGCAGAGCAGUCCUGGACAACAUCCAGGGAUGCAGCAGGAAACAUGUACAGGCCUCAUGGAAACAAGGAAAGUGCCUGGGGUGGGGGCACCUGCCCCAGGUGGAUCUGGGAUGGGGACAGUAUUUUGGCUGUGACCACCUGUUAUCCUGGUACUGGUGCAGGAGAACCAGAUGGACCCGUGUUUGUCCAAACACUCUUCUCUGAGGCAAAGCUACUUAAACUUAACCUACUUAUUCCCAUAAUUUCAAUGUAUUUAAUUUUUCAGUGAAUAUAUUGUUUCAAGAAAUACUUUUUUUUAAUCUGUAGAUUGUUUCAUGGCAUGGCAGCAGGGGCAGAGCACAGUGAUGACAAAUGCAACCAGGGCCUAUGAAAUAUUUUGUAUUUCCACCACUUACAUGUACCAUGUAGUGUUUCAUAUUAUGCCACAUUGAUAAUUUUCUUUUAUACGGCAUCUUAAGUGAUUUAUCUUUGAAAUCUUCAAUGAAAGCUGCUAAUAUGACCAGGAAAAAAAAAGCUGUUUAGUGUAUCAAAGCAUAUUAAUAAAAUAAUUUGAUAUUUUACUCACAAAAAUAACUGCUCAAACCUAGGUUUUGGGUUUUUUUUUUGAUAUCCUUGAACAACUCUGGUGAUUGUUUUUUGUAGGCUACUCAAAUGGGUGCACAUGAGUGUCCUUUCAUGGCCUGGAUAAAUGGCAAGCUAUUUAUUGCAACAUAAAUACUUUCACUUAGAACCUGACUGUGCUUAUGUUUGUGUUAAGCAGCAACAGUUGAAAAUAUAAGAGACUAUAUAGAGAUACACUUCUGUCCCAAAAGAUCUACUGCUUUCUAAUUAGUGCCAGAGAUUUCCAGAGGAAAGCCGAGUACAGGGAAAACCAAGCCUGCAAUGGCUUCUGAGUUAUCUGUAGCUGGACCACAGUUUCCCCAGGGAAUCAAAAUGCCAGAUGGUUUGAUAAAUGCCUAUUUGACCUGUUCCAUGAACUAAAUUCAAUGAGUUUGGAUUUCCAGGCUAUUUAUGAAUCCAUUAAUCUUCUUAAGUGCUAAAUUCAUCUGAGUAUUGUAAGAGGCUGUUUUUCAAACCUAGUCCAGCCUGGUGCUGUAGAGGCAUAUUAGGUUAAGGAUGCCUUUGCAGGAGCACUGUUUCAUCCUGUCAGGGGAGGUUUAUCAAUAGGCCUGGCACAGGUGGUAGGACACAAAUGGUUGUAUUUCACUUCCUAUAAGUACAGACGCCUCAUGAGUGAAUUGUUUUCAUAACCCACAUAUUCAUUUUCUGUGCUGGGGCACACUAAAGCUGAAGAUUGCCCUACUGUGCAAUUGCUGAGUGGCUUUCAAGUCAAUCAGUGCUUCAGAGAUGCUCCUGCUUUAUCUGCAAGAUGCAGAUCUGAACGUGAAGCAUCUUAAAAUGUUGGUUUUAGCAGAGAUUGUGCUGUCAGGUGAUGGGCAAGAGGGCUGUAGAUUGUACUCAGCUGUGUGACAGCAGGGACACUGACCUUGGGGUCGAUGGUUUAAGUGUCUCUUGUGCUCAAACACCUGCCUGGCCCAGAGAGCUUUCCCUGGGCUGCUCUGGAAAGCAGCUCUGAGACAGCCUGGAGAGCGUGUGGCUGAUGUUGUGCUGGGUGUAAUGUCAUCUUCCCCACAGGAAUAGGGACAGACUCUGUGCUCUCCUGCUCUGAAAUCCUGCUCUGAGCUGAGAGAUCAGCAAUGUGUGUUUCCAGUGGCACAGAGCAGCUGGCACAUGGCGCCCUGAGUGGAUUGGAAAGGUCAGUGAGCCUGUGAUGGCUUUUCUCCUCUACUCUGUGUUGCUCAUUCCUUGAGGAGACACUAGAACUGCCUGCUUCAUUCUUUCAUGAUUCUUUUUUCUAAACUCUCAGCAAAUUGCUUGUUUUGCUGAUUACUCGGGCAGGUGACAACUCAUAAUUACAUUUUGUUCCAUAAAUAGUUUGGAUUUUUUCUUUAUUUUCUUACACCAGACUGUCUCUGCAAAACUGUGCUUCAGCUGGUAAACCUGAACGAGUCGUUGGUUACAGGUCUGUGGCUCAGAGUCCCUUCACAAAUCAAUGCUGUUUUCAAAAUCUGUCUCUGGACUGGGACACCUCCAGAGAUGCCAAACCUUUGUCUGUUUCAAAUAACUGCAAAUAUUUUUCAGCAAAGUGGCGCUCCCAGCCCUGCCCUCAGCAUGAGGUGCUGAGAUUUUAUUUGAAGCUGUGGGAAGGGAUGGUUGUGAGCUGCCUGGAGUUAGGACACACCUUCUGACUGAAGUUUAUUCAGGGAGCUGGUGUCCCCAGGCACUCGAGGUCCUGGGAGAAGGCAAUUUGUUUUAAUGUGUGGUACCUGCUGACACUGGACUGCUCUGCACUGGUGCAAGUGGUUUUCAUGCUUUACAAGAGUUACUGUUGGAGCAGAGGGGAGAAGUUGUCAGUGUAAAUAGAGGAAACAAACAAUCUGAUUUUUGGAUAUAACCUCUGAGUCUCAGAAUUCUGUUGCUAUGUUGCCUCCCUAGGAUCAUACUCAGUGUUUUAACAUGAACGCCUUUAUGUCCCCUCUAUUUUCUUUAAAUGUGCAGCUAUUGGCAGUAAGCCCCUGUGAAAUGAAGCUAUUGGCUGUUUUGCUUCUCUUGUGGAUUAUCAUAUUUUCCUGCUUUGGAAAGAAACAUGAUGUGCAGGACAUGGGGGAUGGCUGUCCUUUGCUGGAGAGGCAGCAGCUGCUGUCUGAGACUGACAGCUGCUGGCCAGCCAGGACUCAGGAACUUCAUGGCCAGUUUUCAAGGGUGUUGUAUUUUGGCUAAUUCUUGUCUUCACAACAUCUGGCUGAUAGCUUU